AUGGGUGUACCACCUGAGAAAGAGGCUGGCUGGCAGAGUGAUGUUGAAGGGCUGCGGCACUUCACCGGAUUGCGUUGUCCGGACCUGAUUGGGCCGUUCUACCGGAUCAAGGUUAUGGAGGGAGACGCCUCGAGCGUCGCAAGCUGUAUCUAUACCGGCCGUGAUGGAAUGACGGCGGUUGUGCGCCAACAUCUUCAGGCCUCUGGACGACGCGAGGCACUGAAGUUCUCGCGCGCCUACAAAGCUGCCGGCUUCGAGCCGAUCAGCCUGACUGGCGCUGCUGCGUCCGGCAUAUCAUUCCGCACCCGCAACUGGACACCCACCAGCCUGUGCGAAACGCUUUGGUAUUUUACCGGUGAAGAGGCGGAUUUCACAUUGUGGCUCUCCUACACGCUCCCGACCCAGAAUGAAGAGAUCGGACCGGCUGUGGCGGCCUUCACACAGGCGCUUGCGCAGCAAAACUGA